UCCGUUUCGAGAAUAUCUUUGACGUCAAUGGUGCCAAUCUCUCUCAGACGGAUCGACCAAAAUAGGUAUGUAGAGUUACGUCGACGAUGUCGAUCGUCAACUUUAAUUGCAGUCGGAUAGUCCACAGUGAAAAGGAGAUCAAAGAAAAAGAAAAGAGAGAAAGAGAGAUCAUGGUAGAAAAAAGAGAAUGGCAUCAAAGCUGGGGAAUCCUUCGUGCACAAACAAUAUAUUUUUUUUUGUAAAAACCACGUACUGGUGCCUCUCUAUCUCUCUCUCUCUUUUGCUUCCUUUCUCUUCACUCCAAGUCCAAGCUGCUCUGCUCAUUCUGCUUUUCUUCGGCCUCCUCAAUCUUGCUUUCUCUUCCUUUUCAAGUUUUAAGGUUAUUCUUACUUACUCCUUCCACUCAAGCUAACUAGGAUUCUCUUUCUUUCCUUCUCCCUCUCAAAGGCUAUAUGUGUUUCGCUCAGAGGUGUUUAAAUAAUUAACCUUAGUUCAUGGUGCAUAUUUUGCUCCGUUCGAGGCACAAGAAGCAGAGAUGGGCUCAAGGAUUGGCUACUUCCUUAUCGUCCUUCUAUUGGGUCCUAUUGCUCUUGGUUCAGGGAAUUCCCCUGUAAAUAAGGAUACACCUGAUCAGAAAGGGAUGUUACCAUCCAGAGCUGUUCAGAGCAAGGUCGUUUCCAUCAACAACAGACGCGAAUUGGACACAUAUCCCGUGAUGACUGUUCCUGUAAUCAGUCCUUUAGAUCCUAGUACUACAAGUCCACCCAUUGUCACAAGUCCAGGGACGACCCCCACUAACACCCCGCCGACCACUCCAACAACCACUCCGACGACCACUCCAACAGCCUCAGGUGGUCAGAGAUGGUGUAUUGCGAGUCCAUCAGCAUCACAAACAGCUUUGCAAGUUGCCCUCGACUAUGCAUGUGGAUAUGGUGGUGCAGACUGUUCAGCAAUUCAGCAGGGUGGAAGCUGUUUUAAUCCCGACACUGUUCGCGAUCAUGCAUCAUAUGCUUUCAAUAACUAUUAUCAGAAGAAUCCAGUUGAUACCAGUUGUGUCUUUGGGGGAACUGCUACGCUUACGACAACUAAUCCUACAUGUUUCUUCCUGCUCUUACAAAAUUCAGCAGUUCACCUCACCUGGCUCUGGUUCAUGUGUAUAUCCGGCCACAACCACAACCAGUUUCAAUUCACCAACAUUGACUCCACCCACUACGACCAAUUCACCUGGAUCUACAACCUAUGGGUCAGAUGUCCCCAUUACCAGCACUUCAUUUGCAGCAUCUGUUUCAAUAAGCUCUCUGCUACUCUUCACCUUGGUAUGCCUGCAUUGGUUGAUCCACCCAUAAAGUUUUGAUCAGUGCGACAACCUUCAAGUGAUCCAACGCCAUGGACCCUUUUCUGCUUAGAAAAGUUUGAAGACUUGGUUGAAGCAGGAAGCUUCUGUUUAGCACAAGCUAGAGCACCACACCCCAUCUUUGUUGAUUCAGUUUAGGGAAUUCAUGUUAGCUAAUUAUAUUGUUCAUGCAGAUAUUCCUUUCUGUAUUAUUGGAUAAGGUUAAAACAGAGAUAGAUGAAAAAUAAGAGUAAAUUUCAUGUCAGCCUCACUGUUGAUAAGGUCGGCAGUUUUACUUUU